AAAAUGGUAACUAAACUUACUAGAAAAGAAGUUGCCGACCAUAAUUCGAACAAGUCGACGUGGUUCGUUCUAGGCAACAAGGUCUAUGACGUCACCAAAUUUCUUGAAGAGCAUCCCGGUGGCUGCGAGGUGCUGCUAGAGGUGGCUGGUCGGGAUGCUACCGAAGCUUUUGAGGACGUUGGCCAUUCCACGGAUGCCCGUGAAAUGAGGGAACAAUAUCUUGUGGGAGAAAUCGUUGAGGUUGGUCUUGUAUUAAAUUCUACAUAA